ACUCCGCGCACUCACACACUUGGAAGCGCCUCCCCACGUCCCUCCCCUGCCCUCCUCUUGCUCCGCUCUUCCGUCUCUCACCACGAACAGUCGCCGACCGACUGCCAAUCCGCCUCUCGCUCUCUCCCUCUCUCCACAACAUGACUGCCUGGGAAGCGGUGGCUCAGGCAGAGCAGCAGGAGGAUUAUUAAAUAACGCAGCUCGACUCUGUUCAACUGGGAGUGGAGAGAAGGAGCCCAACGGCCAAGGCAGGGAGGGAGGGCAGAGGAGGGGUGCCAGGAAGGACAACCCCCGUGCUCCGAAGACAGAAAUCCCCGCGUGCCCGGGAGAAGCCUAACAAGCGCCGCGGAGCCCUCCAGGUUGCUAAGUUGGCUAUCGCAGUGCAAGCCUUGGAGUCCCAAUGGGGGACUCCAGAUCAAGACGAUCUACUCUGGUCUCCCGGUUGCCAAUAUUCAGAAGGAGUAUUAGCAGAAAACAUGAUUCUCUUCCUUCUUCACCCUCCUCCAGUAAUACAGUCGGUGUCCACAGUUCGUCUCCUUCCAGCACUAACUCAAGCUCAGGUAGCACAGGUAAACGCAGGAGCCUCUUCCGUACUCCUUCCAUUAGCUUCCAUCAUAAGAAGGGGAGUGAACCUAAGCAAGAACCUACCAACCAGAACCUUAGUAUUUCAAAUGGUGCUCAACCUGGUCACAGCAGUAUGCAAAAACCGAGUUCGGAAGAACAUACUAAAACCAGGGGAAGACAUUCUGUUGGUUUUAGCAGUUCACGAAAUAAGAAGAUAACAAGAUCUUUGACAGAGGAUUUUGAAAGAGAAAACGAGCACUCGACUAAUAAGAGUGUCUUUAUAAAUUGCCUGAGUUCUGGCAAAAGUGAGGGGGAUGAUUCUGGAUUCACAGAAGAACAAACUCGCCGUUCUGUUAAGCAGUCAACAAAGAAGCUUCUUACUAAAUCCUUUUCAUCUCACUAUAAAUUUUCUAAGCCAGUUCCACAGAGCCAAUCCAUUUCAUUGGUACAACAAUCUGAAUUCUCACUGGAAAUGGCACAGUACCAAGAGAGGGAACCUGUAUUACUAAGAGGUUCUCCAUCUUGUUCUGUGGAUGUAACAGAACGGGCGGGAAGCUCGUUACCAUCUCCACUGCUUUCUGCUGAUUUUACUACAGCUCAGACACCUUCAGAGUUCUUAGCCUUGACUGAAGAUUCUGUGUCUGAAGCAGAUGCAUUUCCCAAAAGUGGAAGCAUGGCAUCCCACUGUGACAACUUUGGCCACAGUGAUUCUACCUCUCAGAUUUCUCCCAAUCCUGCUGCUGCUACAAAGACAACAGACCUUAUGGGAACUGUUCCCUGUGCAAUUAUGUCUCCUGGGAAAUACAGGUUAGAAGGUCGGUGUGGCACUGAAUCUAAAUCCUUACCAGAAACCUGUGCUGCUAAUCAGAAGGAAGUGUUACUGCAAAUCACUGAACUACCUGCUAUGAAUGCGAGUGACUCAGAGAUUCAUCUAUCAGCAGAUACAAGAAGAGGAGAACAUAUGGUGAUACAAAAUGGUGAAACAAUGUUGGCAACAAGCUCCCCAAGGAAACUUGGAUUUUAUGAGCAACAUAAAGCAAUAGCUGAACGUGUUAAAGGGAUCCAUCCUAUUUCAGACUCAAGGAUAAUACCGGCUUCCGGUGAUCAUUAUAUUUUAAACAAAACAUCAUAUGGAUAUGAUGCAAAUCCUGCCAAAGUUCUUGCCAGUAGCCUCAGUCCAUACCGUGAAGGAAGAUUUAUAGAGCGGCGACUGCGAUCCUCAUCAGAAGGAACUGCAGGGAGUAGCAGGAUGAUUUUGAAACCAAAAGAUGGAAAUGUAGAAGAAGUUAAUAGUCUAAGAAAGCAAAGAGCAGGUUCAUCAUCUUCAAAAAUGAACAGCAUGGAUGUUUUGAAUAAUUUGGGAUCUUGUGAACUGGAUGAAGAUGAUCUAAUGCUUGAUUUGGAAUUUUUAGAGGAACAGAAUCUUCAUCCUUCAGUUUGCCGGGAGGAUUCAUACCACUCUGUGGUCUCAUGUGCUGCUGUAGUUCUCACUCCUAUGGACCCAACAAUAGAGAUGAAGAAAAGAGAAGAACUAAAAUUUCCUGAGCCUUCGAAACAGAACCUUUCCCUGAAAUUAACAAAAGAGAUUGAUCAGGAAGCCAGGUGUCCCCAUAUCAGGGGAACGCCCAGCAGUCCAUCUGCAGAUUGGCCCCUGCCAGGUGUGGAAGAAAAUGGAGGCAUCGAUUCUCUGCCAUUCAGACUGAUGCUACAGGACUGCACAGCCGUCAAGACAUUAUUAUUAAAGAUGAAAAGAGUUCUACAAGAGAGUACAGAUAUGAGCCCAGCAAGUAGCACCACUUCACUUCCUGUUAGUCCUCUUACUGAAGAGCCAUCGCCUUUCAAGACUUUCUUCUCAUUGGUUGGUGGUGAAGGAACAGGGACAUAUUCCAAGAAUCUUGUGCUCAGCUUGAAGUCAACAUCCUCCACCUGGGUGGGGGCCUUAGUUCCCCCGCAGAAGAACUCAAAGGAUAUAAUGAAAGAUGAAUGCUCAAUGCUGAAGCUGCAGCUGAAAGAGAAGGACGAACUCAUUUCCCAACUUCAGGAAGAACUGGACAAAGUUCAGCAUUUACAGAAGGCUUUUGCUUCAAGAGUAGAUAAAUCCACACAAACUGAACUUCUAGGCUAUGAUGGUUUGAACCUGAAAAGACCAGAGUCAGUGCAAGGAGGGAGAGAGGCUACAUAUCGAAAUCGAAUUGUGAACCAAAGUCUCAGCACAAGGGACAGAAAAGCAAUGCAUACUCCCACCGAGGACCGUUUUAGAUACUCAGCAGCGGACCAGACAAGCCCCUACAAAAGCAAGACCUGUCAGCUCUCCAGUCUAUGUUUAAGCAAUUUUUUGAAGGACAAGGAACUAGUGGAAGUUAUCAAACACUCCAGAGGAACUUACGAAACCCUCACGUCAGAGGUCACCCAGAAUUUACGGGCCACUGUAGGGCAGAACUCUCUGAAACCGAUAGCUAAGACCGAAGGGCUCUCCACGUUCUCAGAGAAACCAAAGGACCAAGCUGCUGUGGCCCGACAGCAUUCAACCUUUACAGGCAGGUUUGGACAACCGCCAAGAGGGCCAAUCUCUUUACACAUGUACAGCAGAAAGAAUGUUUUCCUCCAUCACAAUUUACACACAACUGAGCUGCAGGCUCUAGGCCAGCAGGAUGGGUAA